GUUCGCCCCAGCAGCAUAGUUCAAUCGCCAGCGCAGAAAACGCACCGAAACAAACGAAUUAAAACGCGUCCGUGGUGCAGUUUUUUCUAAUUUGCCGGCGCCUAUUUUCUCUUACCUUUUCUUUGCCAGCCCGAUAAAUAAAGCCACGAUGCUGGAAAUCACGUGCAACGAUCGGUUGGGCAAGAAGGUGCGCGUGAAGUGCAACCCGGACGAUACCAUUGGCGACUUGAAAAAGUUGAUCGCUGCCCAGACCGGUACGCGCUACGACAAGAUAGUGCUGAAAAAGUGGUACACUAUAUAUAAGGACAAUAUCAAGUUGGCGGACUACGAAAUUCACGACGGUAUGAACAUCGAGCUUUACUAUCAGUGAGCUUGCGGUCCGUACAGAAUACAAAACACAAAAGGGACGCGAGUGAUGCGACGAGCUUCCGAGGCGGCGUUCUAGUGCUGGUUGGUUGUUGUCAUCGUAUCGAUUUUUGGCGUAGCUGCUUCGUGACCGAGCUAUACCGUGCUUUGCAGAAGCGAAACCUGAAGCAAAAUUUUAACAACCAAAUGCACAAAUCGCACAUAAAGCUACGAAUGCUAAAAAACGGACGGUCGAUAGCUUCAUGCGAUGGAAAAGGAGAAUAAAAUGAUCAGGGCAACGAAACCGGAAAAGGCAAGAUUUUAAUGAUAAGUUUGAGAGAUUGUAACUGUUGGGUGGAAAUAAAAAUGUACUAAAAGCCAA